AUGUUAAGCAUUGAUGGUGAACUCGAACGGCUUGCAGUCCAGGAGUCCUCGGAGACGCUCUACUCGGUGCCCAUCCAGUCACCUGACUGUCCAUUACCUGCAGGCUCCUUUGGCACCUCUGUGGUGCCCACCACGGCGCCCGGCUGGCAGAGCUCCAAUGUCGUGCCCCGGAAGUAUGCAAAAAUCUUCGCGGCUGAUGAGCUCUACGAUGAAGAUGACGAAAAGGAUCGUGAGUGCAUUUUGAAGUUACAUUCUGUCCAUAUUUACUGA